AUGGUGGAGAAGUGGUACUCUAUCAUCACCACUUGCUCUGCUUUUUCUCCCCUCUCUCGACCAGUGCCAGACAAGCGACAAAUACGCCUGUGGUCAUCCUUGUACUUUUUGGUCACCUGCCCAGCACCGAUGCCUUUUUCCCCAUACGCCCGCCACGAUUCCUGCCGACAUAGAUGGUGGCAUCAAAAUGGGGAACGCGUUACGGAGUGGCGUGCCUGGGCGACUGCCAACCGUGACUAG